AUGGAUUUUCGUGACACAAGUUACCCGGAUUAUGUAUGUCAUCUCAAAAAGUCUCUCCACGGGUUAAAGCAGGCGCCUCGGGCUUGGUACCGACGGUUUACAGACUUUGUUCUCACUCCCGGGUUCUCACAAAGUAAAUGCGAUGCUUCUUUGUUUGUUUAUCAUCAGGGAAAGGAUACUAUUUUCCUUCUUCUUUAUGUGGAUGACAUUCUCCUCGUCACUUCCUCGUCGGCUCUACAACAACACCUUAUGGGCCGCUUGGCAAACGAGUUUGCCAUGAAGGAUCUCGACCCAUUAAGCUUCUUUCUUGGAAUCUCGGUGACACGUAAUAAGAACUCCAUGUUUCUAUCCCAACAUGCAUAUGCCUCUGAAAUUGUCGAACGCGAGGGUAUGUCCUCCUGUCGUUCGGCACACACUCCCGUGGAUACUCACGCAAAAUUAAGUGCAUCCGCUGGUGAUGACUUUCACGACCCAACUCUAUACCGAAGUCUUGCAGGAGCCUUUCAAUAUUUGACUUUCACUAGGCUGGAUAUCAGCUAUGCAAUGCAACAGAUUUGCAUUCAUAUGCAUGCACUAAAAACAGAACAUUGGAAUGCGCUCAAAAGAAUAAUUUGUUAUAUUCAGGGCACCUUGACUUACGGCCUCACUCUUGGCUCGUCGACGGAUCUGCGUCUCCUUGCUUAUACUGACGCGGACUGGGCCGGUUGCCCCGACACACGCUGCUCUACUAGCGGAUACUGCGUUUACUAUGGAGAUAAUCUCAUAUAUUGGUCUUCCAAACGACAUGCCACGAUUUCACGCUCAAGUGCUGAAGCCGAACACCGCGGAGUGGCGAAUGUUGUCGCUAAAAUUUGUUGGUUGCGUAACUUACUUCUCGAAUUGCAGUGUCCUCUGUCUCGUGCCACUUUAGUAUAUUAUGAUAAUGCGAGUGCAAUUUACCUGUCUGGUAACCCAGUAUAG